AUGAAGCAAGGUGUUUUGUUGCCAACCAGGAUCAAGUUGUUGUUGACCAAGAACGUUUCUUGUUACAGACCAAGACGUGAAGGUGAAAGAAAGAGAAAGUCCGUCAGAGGUGCCAUUGUCGGCCCAGAUUUGGCUGUCUUGGCCUUGGUCAUCAUUAAGAAGGGUGAACAAGAAUUGGAAGGUCUAACUGACACCACUGUUCCAAAGAGAUUGGGUCCAAAGAGAGCUAACAACAUCAGAAAGUUCUUCGGUUUAUCCAAGGAAGAUGAUGUUCGUGAUUUCGUCAUCAGAAGAGAAGUCACUAAGGGUGAAAAGACCUAUACCAAGGCCCCAAAGAUCCAAAGAUUGGUCACUCCUCAAAGAUUGCAAAGAAAGAGACACCAAAGAGCUUUGAAGGUCAGAAAUGCUCAAUCUCAAAGAGAAGCUGCUGCCGAAUACGCUCAAUUAUUGGCCAAGAGAUUAUCUGAAAGAAAGGCUGAAAAGGCAGAAAUCAGAAAGAGAAGAGCUUCUUCUUUGAAGGCUUAA